AUGUUCUCGAAGUCUACACUCGUUGUUAUGGUCACCCUGGCACUCCUUGGCUCUGCAACUCCCGUUGACCGGGAACAGGGCACCGUCAUCCCCUUUGCUAAGCGAAGCGGGUUCACUACAGCGGAUGAUGUCUUCGAUCAUGAGAACGCCAUCCUAAGCACGCUUCGCACCCACAACAAACAUCGUCAGAACAUCAUCAAUCUUCAGCAAAAUGAUCCUGACAAUAUGAACGAGGGUGCAUCCAUCAAACCCAUCCGCGCCUACGACGCUCCUGGAUCGCACGAAAAGCGCCAGAAGGAAACUACCGUCGAUGAGAACAGUGAUCUUGAAUGGGCUGGUUCCAUCUCCAUCGGAACUCCCGGAACCAAUUUCUUGAUUGACUUUGACACUGGUUCGGCGGAUCUUUGGGUCCCUUCCUCGAACUGCACGAGUGCCGCAUGCGAUACCAAGAACAAAUAUCUUGCCGUACCGUCAUCGACCUCUCAACGCAAGGCAGGAUCUUUCUCCAUUCAUUAUGGAGAUGGAUCCACGGGUUCAGGACCUGUAUUCACGGAUACUGUCACGGUGGCAGGUAUCCAAUCCAACGGCCAAUACUUCUCAGCUGUCACCACACUGUCGGACAAGUUCAAGCCAGACCCCAUUGACGGUAUCCUGGGCAUGGGGUACCAAAAAUUGUCCAGUAUCGGGCAGCCCCCCUUCGUGAACCAAGCGAAGACGCAGGGCAGCAUCAAAGAUGCUGUCUUCGGUAUGAAGCUUUCGAGCGCGGGCUCCGAACUAUACCUGGGAGGAACCGACACGUCACAAUAUAACGGGGCCAUCGAGUACCAUCCCGUCUCCGGCUCCGGAUACUGGCAGAUAUCGGACGCGAAGGCCAUCGUGAACGGCAAGACUACCAACACGGGGUUCCAAACUGUCAUCGACAGUGGCACGACUAUCAUGUACGGCCCCCCGAGCGCUGUGGCCUCGUUCUACGAGUCCGUGCCCGGAGCAUCCAUGUUCGACUCCGAGAACGGUUUCUACCAGUUCCCAUGCGAUUCUGUCCCUACCGUUGCUUUCAACUGGGGAGGAAAGGAUUGGACAGUCAGCGCCGAGAACUUUAACCUCCGCCAGACCUCACCCACGUCAAACUACUGCGUCGGUGCUCUUGCAGGCCAAGAUUUAGGUCUCGGAAAUGAUGUUUGGCUGCUCGGCGACAGUUUCAUGAAGAACGCCUACUCGGUGUUCUCCUUUGACCAGAAUUCCGUCGGGUUCGCGGACUUGUCGUAAAUCGGGAAGCCUUUCUCUGCCGCAUUACACCAUGUUGUAUGCUCCUAGGAGGAGUUAGGUACCUGAUAUCACCCAUGCAAAAAUGGAAAAUUGUGU